GGGGGGUGAGGUUGACCACGGCGAGUACGCCACACAUACGGGUACGGGUAGGGACGCAAGCCAUGGCCGAUGGAAGCGAGGGCGAGGUGCCGGUCUUUGACGUCGACGUGUGUGAUUGGGUGGCCGAGGAGCCUCUACACAACUUUCCCAUGUUCUUCUCAAGGAACAAUCUGCCGAAUCUAUGGCUCAAGACGGCGUCGUCCGACGGCAAGCCCAUCGGGCUGACGGUGGCGAGGCGCACGUUUGCCACGCUCACGGCCGAGAUGAGGGCGGCGUUGCCGGAGCAUGGCGAGCUGCCGUGGACUGGGCUCGAGGACUUUGACGCCGAGUGCCACAUCGCAUGGCUCGGCAACGAUGGGCUGGAUCCGGCCGGGCACACUGCGUUCCGCCCGCAGUACGAGAUGCUGCGUGCGUGGCAGGCGUGCUCGCGGAUGGAGCAGUUUGGUGUCCACGACCGCGAGCUCAACAUGAUCUUCCGCGUCGAUCCCUGGGGCAAUGUCGUCUCACCGUUUGCGCUGCCGGGUGCUGCUACUGCCAAGGCGUACGAUCACCUGUUCCCCUACGUGCGCGGCGGGCGGACCCGCGACGUGCCGGGCUCGUCCACCUCGAACAUCAUCAUGCUGCAGGCCAAGGCAAACGGGUUCAAAAAGGACAAGUUUGAGCAGCUCAUCCGCCCGGCAAGGCUCCGCGUAGGCCUCACUCCCGACAUGGUGGCGACCGCGUACGGCUCGAUCAACGGCUUUUACGGCACACCUGCCCUUCAGUUCCUCCUCGGCUACUGCCCGACGUCGCGGGCCGACAUUCCGGGUGCCUCCAGCUUUGUGCAGAACCUCGACGACUGCGUCCGUGCCCUGCUCGCCAUGGGCGAGCGCCAACGCCGCCGGGAGGACGCGUACCGUGAGCGCAAGCUCAGGCAGGCGAGGGACAAGGCCCGCGAGCGGAGCCGCAGCUCUGGACGCAAGCGCAACGCCGUCAAGAUCAAUCCAUACACCUUUGCGACUGCCGGAGCCUCUGCCGACAACAUAGCCGCUGCACCGGCGCAAGCCAUCGGAGCGCCGGUCUCGGCCUUUGAGCUAUUUUGUCGCUCCGAGUGGGCGCGGAUCAAGACCACGCUUGCCAACGACGCACCGUUUGUCGACAUCCAGACUGCGCUUGUCGACGAGUGGGCCGAGCUCCCACCGGACGAGCAAGCUGAGUUUCACGCCGCCGCCGCCGCCACGCGCACCGCCUUUGCGGCGGCGGCGACUUCCAGCGGCGGCGACGGCACCACCAUUGAGGCCAACGAUGUCGACGACGACGGGCCAGCAAUGCGAGGCAUCACCGUGGUCGAGCUCCGCGAAGCCAUCGAGCUCGCCGGCGGCUCGUGGAAAAGCUCACACAACAAGGCCAAGCUGGCCGAGGCCCUCAUCGACCUCCUACCCAAGCUUAAGAAGAGCCAGCUCAAGAGCCUCGCUGCCGACCAUGGCAUCAUCGCUACGGGCAAGGUGGCCCAACUCACCGAACGCCUGGUUCGUUUUCUGGAGGGCUACCUCGUCGGCGAGGCCGGCCACGCGACCGAGGCCGACGACGCCGCCCACGCUGCGCAGGUCUCCGGCGCUCCGGUUGCAGGCGUCCUCGAGGCCACUUUUACCUCCAAGCAGCUCAAGACUGGUCUCGCUGCGCUCGGCGAGCGGACGUCGGGAUCCAAGGCUGCGCGAGCGCUGCGGCUGGCCGAGGCGGUCGACUCGGAAGUCUUUGCCAGCUUGGAAGCGCUAGUGGCCGCCCCGAGCCCGGUGGCGGUGGUCGAGGUGAUCGGCGCUACGUGCGGCGUUGACGUUGACGCCUUCAAGGCCAAGGCCGAGGCGGCAGCAGCGGCGGAUGGAGUCGAGAGCGGGCCGACCAAGGCCACCAGUGCCGAGCUCAAGGCGGCGCUCGCAGAGCUCGGGCUCUCCACGUCCGGCCGCAAGUCGGAGCUGGCUGAGCGACUGGCCUUGGAGGCCGACCAGCUCUCGGCACCGCAGUUGAGGGCAUUCUGCAAGGCGCACGCCAUUACUGCAAAGGACGCCCGGAGCAAAGCCGCCCUCGUCCACAGCCUCGUCGACUACCUGGCGCAAUUUACCCAGGUCGAUCUGGAGGAGGCGCGCUCGCAGCGGUCCGGCUCGGACGAGGGGCGAAGCAGCAGCGUUGGCGGGCGGGUCUCGUGCCGCCUUCUGAAGCGCGCGCUCGAAAAGGCCGACGCUAGCUGCAGCGGGCGAAAGAGCGAGCUUGCUGCUCGGCUGCACGUGGUGGCCGGCGCCGGGCGCCGGAUGAAGGUCGAGGAUCUGACGGCUGUGCUGGAGAGCGCGGGUGCGAGCGUGUUUCCGGCAUCGGCGCGCAAGGCCGAUUUGGUGGCACAGGUCCAGAAGCUGAUGAUGUCGUACACCGACGCCGAGACUGUGGCGCGUGAGACUGCGCUGCUGGAGGCCGACGACAGCGGAUCCCAGGCUGGAAGCUCGAGCAGCGGCGACGACGAUGCGCCGGCUCCGCUGGCGGUGAGCUCAGAGACACUCGCCACGCUGCUCAAGGCCAUGGGCAUACCGAGCUCAGGCUCCAAAGCCCAACGGGCGGGGCGGCUGUUUGCUAUCCUGCCGUGCAGCAAAGGCGCGGCGCCGACCGGUGCCGAGGUGUCGUGGACCAAGGACCAGCUCCGCCGAGCGUGCGACGCGCUGGGCGCAGGAACGAGAAAGAAUGCAGCCGCACGCUCGCUGGCCGACGUUGCCAAGGCGGCGCUCAUUGGACACACCCUGCCGCAGACCAUCGACGACGAGGUGGCGCGGCUGGUGAGGCGCGCCGGUGGCGACGCUCGCGCCAGUGCCAGCGACAGCGCCGGAAGCACCGUCAAGGACGGCCUCUCACACGAAGCCUGCGUCGAGAAGCUGACGGCGUGGGGUGAGGACACGCGUGGGAGUCUAGACGAGCUCCGCACGCGGGUGGCAGCAUGCUCUGCGCAGCCGCCGCUCGCCGGUAAGAUCAUCGCCAAGCUCCUCCGCGAGAUGGUGGCGGCGUGCGAGCUCCCGGCAGGCGACGCGCGCUAG